AGUACCCAGGUGGACCGGGCACCCCAGCCAGCCAGCGCGGACCGGCAGGCGCACGGGCACCGCGCCGGGUACCGCACCGCACCGUUCCGCGCGGGGCAGAGCGGAGCCGCAACCCCACGCGCCUCCCAGGACCCACCAGCCACCGCCGCCUCCGCAGCACCCAUGGGGACCAGGAGACUUUAAAGGAGUUUGGGGUUUCGGGAGCAGGGAAAUCACGGGUACGGAGAGGCGGCUUUCUUUGCCUUGGAAACGGUUUUUCUUCGUCCGACUGUUUGGACCCUGUGCCGGAUCCCGGCUCCUGGCCCUCGCCUCGCCGCGUCAUUGAUGGGCAACCAACUGGACCGCAUCACCCACCUCAACUACAGCGAGUUGCCCACAGGGGACCCGUCGGGGAUCGAGAAGGACGAGCUACGAGUUGGGGUCGCCUACUUCUUCUCGGAUGAGGAGGAGGACCUGGACGAACGCGGCCAGCCCGACAAGUUCGGCGUGAAGGCCCCCCCGGGCUGCACCCCGUGCCCAGAGAGCCCCAGCCGCCACCGCCACCACCUGCUGCACCAGCUGGUCCUCAACGAAACUCAGUUCUCCGCCUUCCGGGGGCAGGAAUGCAUCUUUUCCAAAGUGAGCGGCGGCCCUCAGGGCGCCGACCUGAGCGUCUACGCUGUCACCGCGCUGCCCGCGCUCUGCGAGCCGGGCGACCUGCUGGAGCUGCUGUGGCUGCAGCCUGCGCCCGAGCCGCCCGCCCCCGCCCCGCACUGGGCCGUCUAUGUGGGUGGCGGGCAGAUCAUCCACCUGCACCAAGGCGAGAUCCGCCAGGACAGCCUGUACGAGGCGGGCGCGGCCAACGUGGGCCGGGUGGUGAAUAGCUGGUACCGCUACCGCCCGCUGGUGGCCGAGCUGGUGGUGCAGAACGCCUGCGGCCACCUGGGCCUCAAGAGCGAGGAGAUCUGCUGGACGAACUCGGAGAGCUUCGCCGCCUGGUGCCGCUUUGGUAAGCGGGAGUUCAAGGCGGGAGGGGAGGUGCCGGCCGGCACGCAGCCCCCGCAGCAGCAGUACUAUCUCAAGGUGCACCUGGGCGAGAACAAGGUGCACACGGCCAGGUUUCACAGCCUGGAAGACCUCAUCCGCGAGAAGCGCCGCAUCGACGCCAGCGGCCGCCUGCGAGUGCUCCAGGAGCUCGCCGACCUCGUGGACGACAAGGAGUAGCCUCGUGGGGGGCCACCUGCGCCUCCUGUCUCCCCGCGCCCCGCUCCCUUCCCAGCA